AUGGGCGUCUCACUAUCGACAGCGCGCUACUUGGCGCCAAUAUCCUUCGUCGUUGAUUUCGCCGCACAGCAGUAUGGCAUGUUGUCGAGCCCUAACAUGAAGGAUGUGCACGAUGCGAACCUGUCGUUCUUCUCGCCCCAACCUUUCUUUAUCGCAGGAUUCUUUUUCCCGCAGCAGAUCUUUCAGCUGGCCUGGAUGUGGAAGCUAUGGAAGGCGAAAUCAGAAGACAUUAGGAAUGAUCCAUCAGUGCAGGAGAUGGUGGAUUUCGCCCCGUACUAUGCCGUUGGUAACCUCUGCAUUGCCACUUGGAUGGUCUUCUGGAACCAGUCAGAUUUGAAGACGUCGAACAUCUUUGUGGUAAUAAACUCACUUGCACAGUUGUACUUCGUUUUUGGGCGCUUAGGACCCAUGAACCUAAAUUCAUGGAAUUCGAUCCUUACGCAUAUCGUGUCCAAGACGUUCGCAGGUAUUGGUGUUCUGGACCUCCUCCACAAUGGAUCUGUAGCAUACGCAACCGGACUUCCGCCAUCUACCUUAAUCAAAGGUAUGACAGGUGUUGGAUUUGGCCUGCUCGCUUCGGCUGCUGACUGGAUCUUUGGGGGCUGUUUGGUAUACGACUUGGUUGCUCUAGCAGUAGGGCAGAGGUUGUACGGGAAUACCAACUGGGGCAAUCUUCUUGGUGCCUAUGCGGCAGGAACAGCGGCCAUCGUAGGGGUCGGUAACUGGCUAAGGCCUCCAUACGUCCGCGGAGUCGACUACCAGCCAUUGUGA